AUGGAGGAGCCAGCGGUGCCUGCGGGGCGCUCCAUCUUUGGAGUUGAUCCAAUGGACGACUUUGCUGUUUUGAUCGCAGACUGUAUCUGGGACCACUGUCAAAACUUGUCGCAUGUCGAGAUCGAGGCCAAAGUGGGGAUUUUGAUCGACCGCAACACGAAUGCGCGUUUGCAGCUCCCUGUGUUUACCGAAACCGUGGUUGAUGCAAAGCAGCUUGGUCUGCGUUUCGAGAGCAACAUGUCGAUGGACCAGCACCGCCGUUUCAACCAGCUGCUGAAUCACUUGGUGGCCUACAGUGCGAACCAAGCGCCGAGCGAGCGGGUGACGUACAAGCACCAGAAAGAAGUGGACUACUUUUACGAUGAACGUAUGCCUGAUACGGGCAGUGUCGUCCACCUGCGUGUCACGCGCGAUGCACAGACACUCCAGAUCAAGCCAGGAGGUGUUGUGACCAAAAAGCGGGUUGCCGAUAUCAACGUCUACGCGCCAAACCGCCCUUUUGACUACCGUAUCUCUAUCAAUACCGAAACGCCGAUGCCGCCUCCGCCCGAGGACAGCCGCCCGACGUUUAUUCGCGAAAAGGACCGCCUUUCGUAUGCCCAUCAGAAUUUCAACGUGGACCUCACGCAAGUCAUCCUGCCCAACAAUGUACGUUUUAUGACUGACAUCCAGCCCCAGGAGCCUGUGCAUGAACUGGAAGUGGAGAUUCGCGACUCGGUCGAGUUGAUGCAGCAUGCGUUUGUCGCCCGCGGGCAAGAACAGAAAGAGUUCCAAGAAUGGACUCCCUUCGAAGAUACAGUACUCAUCCUGCUUAACAAUGUCCGCUUGCUCAUUCGGUACGUGCGAAUUCGCACCUAG